AAGAUAGCUCGGAAGAGAAAAUCUCCCUGUGAAUACGCACUCCUAUUCAGGUCUCGUAGUAGUGAAAGCAGGAUGAGUAUGUACUUGAGUUAGGAGCUACAUUGGUUGCAGCUCAAAUUUUUGUUUUGCGUUUCCCCAUUGCAUCGCGACAUAAUGGCGGAGGGAGGAACGUUGGUUGAGGCUGGUAGCCUGGCGGACAUGCCCGAGGCGGAGCGGAGGGAGGAGUUCGUUGUGAAGUUUCCCUCUGGCGAGGAGAAACCAAUGAGUUGGGACGAGGCGCUGAAGUCCCAGGAAGCCGGGUUGCCGGUUUACAAGAAAGUUGCCAAACGCGGUCGGGGCCGUCCGCCGAAGAUACGGAGCGACGCGAAAGCAGACGGCGAGGUUGCGAAGCAUCGAAAGUCCUCGCAGCCUCCGGGGGGGCAGGCUGGCGGGAGUAGUUCCAGCUCCGCUCGUCUGCCGGACCUCAAGAAUGUUGACGAUGCACGACCUGCAAAGAAGCGCAAAAACAGAGAGGGGGCUGAAGGCGACGACGACAACGACGACGAGGAGAGCGAAGCACCUCCUCCACCCGUCGUGCAAACCAAAAUUGAGGUCACCGGGUUCUUGGGAACAAGUUCUCUGGCACUUGUGACGCAGAAGCAGGGCGGCCAAUCGCAGGCCCUGCAAGCCCUCGACAUCUACUCGGGGACAGCAGCGCGGACGGAGCUAGAUUUCCGGCAGAAGAUAGAGCAAGAACGGCGGUAAUGUUUUGUUGCUAAUGCUACACAUGCUAUUCGAAGGCAAUAAAUUCUGAUGGAAGUAGACAUGAUGACAAACACCGAAGCAGCCUUCGGUAAUAUGUUCUCCCACCGACUAGCGCUCGGUUUUAUACUAGUCGUCGGUCUGGUGAAGACAAAUAAAUCUGUUGAAUUCUCUGAAAGGCAAACGAGGGCCAGGCACUCAAAAACUAUAAGGCGUGAAUCCAGUUCGAUAGCAGCAGGGUAGAAGUACAGCUGAAAGGUUUUACCGAUGCGGUUAUUCGGCGCAAGUGUUGGAUGGCGAUGGAGCGAGGAUUUGAAAUCUGGUUUCGAUGUUUCUAAACAAACUUCAGGAAAAAUGCUUUGGGCGGCGGACGGUGGCCAACACCGCACACGCGCGCGGACUGGGAAGACCAGCAGGCGGUGCUGCGCGAGAAGCAUGCGGAGGAGCUCGAGCGAAAGCGGAUGCGCAGUCUGUGGAACAAGUACUACAAGCGGCCUGCCUGGUACAUUCGUCGGUGGCUGCGGGUCAAAGCAAAACAGAAACAGAAACACAUUCUCAGUGAGGGCGACGACGACGCAGAGGAUCCCGAUUCGGAUAUUAGAGAGGACGAAAACGCCGCGGAGGGUCGGAGCAAGAGACGCAGAGACAGGUCCGAGUCCCCUCUGAAAGACGAUAUGCGCGGAGCCGCGGGUAUCCGCCAGCCCUACGUCUCCAAAUACUACGCGGACCGUCUUUUGCAGGCGAAUCUCGAGAAAUACAAUAAGAAGCCAACGAAUGUGCGCCUUCCCCCGAAAGGCGAGCCUGUCGUACUAUAUUCGUUCGCUUUGAUAAUUUCGACAUGCUUUCUGCAUCGAAGAUGUUGAUUGAAUCUAGGAAGUGCCUCCAGAGUGUGUUUUCUGCAGUGGAAUAUUUCUGUUUUGCAGUCGAAUAAAUUCACUAGCUUCUGCGUAAGAUCAUUAAAAGCGCAACAUCGAGUUUUUUCUCCCGUCAGGUCUUCGAACCUCGCAGCGCCGCUCGCGCGCGUGAGAUGGCGUCGUGGCGCAAGAAGAAGCCCCGGUUGCGUCCGCAACUGCGGUGGGAGGUGGUGAGCAGGCACAUGGACCGUACCGGCGAGGUGUGCGACUACUGCCCGCCGAUUAUCGCGCUCGAGAAGCAGGAACCCAUUGUGCUACCACCGCUGGAAGAUUUGGAACCCAUGGACCGCGUGAUUGAGAUUGGCGAUCCGUUCUUCGCCGCACGACUGGUGACGCUCGUCCAGGAAAAGGGUCACGCCGCGACUGGCGAUGCGGGAACGACGUCGAAGAUAGUAGACCAAGCCGACACGACAAAAAAGACGCUGCGAUUCGGCUACGUGUGCCGGCUGCUUCAGUGCCGCAAGACCUUGGCAAAGCUCUACCUCGUGCAUUGGUUGCCGAACAAGCACGAAGGGGUACCGGGGAAAUACGAAGUGCACCUGCAGUCCCGUGUCAUCAUGUUCUUGCGCGCACACGAUCCAGACCGCAUUCUCGAAAAAAUUUGAACGAAGGAUUUUGCUACAUACCUUUCGAAGUAGUAAAGGCACUAAACAAAGAAUGUGACAGCGUCAAACGCGUGAGAUAGAAG